CAUACGCGAUUGAACACGGAACGACGAGCAGAAUCGUGAAAAUUCGAGAAGAAAAAAGGUCGAAGCGGCCGUCCAUUCCCAAGUAGCCGUUUUCAUUGCAUUGUGUCAAUCAAGUCAACUGUAUUUUGCAGCUUUGCCACGCGUGAAUUGCAUCAGAAUCUUUCUCAGAAAGCAUAGAAUCCAAGCAGCAAAAAAAACUAGUGAAAAAAGCAAAUAAGAAAAAUGGUGAAAGAAACGGGAUUCUACGAUGUGCUUGGCGUUAAACCAGGUUGUUCACCCGAAGACCUGAAAAAGGCGUACAGAAAGCUGGCAAUGAAGUACCAUCCUGACAAAAACCCGAACGAGGGAGAGCGCUUCAAGCAGAUCUCGAUGGCCUACGAGGUGCUGUCCGACCCGGAAAAGAAAGCGAUCUACGACGAGGGUGGCGAAGCAGCCAUCAAGCAGGGCGGUGCUGGCGGCGGUGGCGGUUUCCACAGCCCGAUGGACAUUUUUGACAUGAUCAUCAACGGUGGUAUGGGCGGCCGUAGGGAGCAGCGUGGACGUGACUUGGUGCAUCGACUUACCGUUACACUGGAGGAUCUGUACUGUGGAGCAACCCGGAAGUUGUCCCUGCAGAAGAACGUCAUUUGCGACGGAUGCGAGGGCAUCGGUGGUAAGAGGGGCACGGUACACAAGUGCACACAGUGCCAAGGUACCGGUAUGAUUACCAAGGUGCAGCACAUCAUGCCAGGUUUCUUGCAGCAGAACAAAGUUCCGUGUCGUCCCUGCGCCGGACAAGGCGAGGUGUUCGACGAGAAAUAUAAAUGCAAAAAGUGCGACGGUCAGAAGAAGGUGCGAGACAAGAAGAUACUGGAUGUGCACAUCGAAAAGGGAAUGCGCAAGGGCCAGAAGAUCGUAUUCAGCGGCGAGGGAGACCAAGAACCGGGCCUGCAGCCUGGCGACAUUGUGAUAGUACUGGAGGAAAAGGAACACCCGAUCUUUAAGUGCUCGGGUAUGGAUCUGUUCAUGGAAAUGCGGCUAGAGCUGUCGGAAGCGUUGUGCGGCUUCACAAAGGUCAUCCAAACGCUGGAUAAGCGGAAUCUGGUCAUUUCGACGCGCCCCGGCGAGGUCACAAGGCACGAGGAAAUCAAGUGCAUCCUUGAGGAAGGUAUGCCGCGUUACAAGAGCCCGUUCGAGAAAGGACGCUUGAUCAUCCAGUUUUCGGUCGUAUUUCCGGACUCGAUACCGGUCGAUGCGGUGAAGCUGCUCGAACGAUCCCUACCGCCGAGACCAUUCGAGGAGAUCCCGCAGGACGUCGAAACGGUCAACAUGGUUGAAUUCGAUCCCGAGCAGGAUUCGCGCAGCCAAUACAAGAACGCCUACGAGGAGGACGAAGACGAGGGCGCUCCAAGAGUGCGGCUGCAGCAGUGUGAAUCGAGCUAAGUUCGUUAAUGACGCUGCUCUCUUCCGCUCGGGCACAGUGUGUUUGUGACUGCGCACAGCGACCUAGAUAUUGCCGAAUGCGGCAGAAGCGCGCGGGUAGGGACGAAGCCACAGCAGUGGGAGAGGUAUUGGGUGGGGAUGGAUUGUAUUCAGAUUAUAUUUUUUUUAGUUGUCCAGGAUCAUUCACUAAUAUCCACAAAAUUACAGAACGGUACGCGAAUGUACUCGUAUUCCUUUUUCGAAAAUCAUUUGAAUAAACUAUUAUUGGGCUGUUUGGACAACGUAGCCGCAGUUAACCAAAAACUAAAAGACACAUGGCAAAAUAAAACAAACACAUUAAAUGAGAAAAGAACAAAUCAAGCGAUGUAGACGCAACUGGAACGGCUAUUAGAUGCACAGGCAAAGGCAUCCAAGGACCUUGGAACAGAGCGGUAGAACCCAAAAUCACCCUAACUACCAACUAGACGUAAAGUCAAUAUUAUUUAAAAUCCCCUUUGCACCAUAUUUCCAUAACAAGCCACAAGAUUACCGAACCAGAUCAUUACCCUAAUAUAAAACGAAUAGCAUUCGCAUUGGUUCCUUCGAAUAAGUGCAAGCAGUAGACACAAUAGCAGAUACGCGACUGGAGACUGUCUAGUAUCCUUCCAUUUAUCCCAUCUAUUGGCUGAAAAUCAUAAUGCUCUUGAAACCUACGUUUACCAAUUGACCUAACUUUCCGUCUCCGUAUCUUUUUUUUUCCUAGACAAGAAAGUGUCUUUCCAUUGUACCGUCUUUGUACGUUUCAUACGACAGAAACGAAAUAAAAUUUCAUGUAGCAAAAACAGG